GUCGCAGUGACAACAGUUCAACAGUGAAUACCCGAAAAAUACACGCAAGAAUGGGCGACACUGGAUCCAACAAAUCGACAACCGCCCCACAGAACGAGCCCGCCAUGAAGGGCUGGCUGUUCAAGUGGACAAAUUAUCUGAAAGGCUACCAGAGACGAUGGUUCGUCUUGCAGAACGGACACCUUAGCUAUUACAGGGCCGAAAACACGGGCGGUGUGCCCACGUUGUCUAUUAGAAGGCGCCGCAGGUUCAGAGGAAACCAGGCGGAAAUGGUGCACACUUGUCGUGGCAGCAUCUCCCUUCACGGCGCCCUUAUUUACACGGUGGACGCUAGCACGUUCGUAAUAUCCAACGGUGGUACACAAACUUUUCACAUACGAGCCGCCUCCGAGGUCGAACGACAAUCAUGGGUCACCGCAUUAGAAUUAGCCAAAGCUAAAGCUAUCAGAAACAUGGAAUCGGAAGAGGACGACGACGAGGCGGACGAAGGUAGCGGCAACGUGGAGGAUUGGUCCAGCGUCGUACGCAAACUGGAGGCGCAGCUCAACGAUUUACAAACGUGCAGCGACCUGAUUCACAAACACUGGAAAUGUCUGGUCAAACCACUGAACGAGAUCGAAACAAAUUCUGAUCCCGAAACCAUACAGGGCAAGGGGAAGGAGAUCGGCGAACGUGCCACGCUUUUCCGCAUCUCCACCAACGCCAUGAUCAAUGCUUGCGCCGAGUAUUUGAAGACGGCACAAACGCACGGGCACAAGUGGGUGCGUUUGCUGCAGCACGAGCGGGAGCAACGGCAACGAUUGCAGGAAAUGGUCGAGACGUUGGCAACGCAACAUUCGAAACUGGAACAGGCGGCCAACGCUCACACACAACGUCCAGCCAUUAGCGCCAGCGAGAACGAGGAGGAGGACGAGAAUGAGUUCUACGACGCGGUAGCGGAGGGCGGGGGCACGCCGAACACCGGAACCGAUGGUUUCACCCUCAACAUACCCACCGGCGGACACAGAAGGAACAGCUCAGACAGUUCCAGUGAAACUGAAGACACACAAGAAACCAAACAGGUAGUGGUCGUCACGAAUAAAGUUACGUCUGAUCAGCAGUCAAGUGGGGUGAAAACUAUGGGCGAAUCGACGGCCGUGGUUGCGACCAGUUUAUCAACAGCAACGACCCCCACCAAUCGGAAGCAACGUCGCACCCGCGUUCCCGACAAACCCAACUACCCGCUCAGCUUGUGGAGCAUAAUGAAGAACUGCAUUGGCAAAGAUCUAAGCAAAAUUCCGAUGCCGGUCAAUUUCAACGAACCACUGUCGAUGUUGCAACGAAUUGCCGAGGAUUUCGAGUAUUCAGAACUGCUGGAUCAAGCUGCAAAAUGUGCAGACGCUUGCGAACAGCUGGCGUACGUCGCGGCGUACACGAUCUCCUCUUAUUCGACCACCAGCACCCGGUCGGGCAAGCCAUUCAACCCUCUGCUAGGAGAAACCUACGAGUUCGACCGCACCGACGACAUGGGUUGGCGCUUGAUCAGCGAACAAGUGUCCCAUCAUCCGCCCAUGUUGGCACAGCACUGCGAGGGUCGCGGCUGGCGUUGCUGGCAAGAGUUCACCAUGACGAGCAAGUUCCGCGGCAAGUAUCUGCAGAUCGUGCCGCUGGGCAUUGCGCACGUCGAGUUCACGGCGACGGGCAAUCGGUACACGUGGCGCAAAGUCACCACCACCGUUCACAACAUAAUCGUGGGCAAGUUGUGGGUGGACCAGCACGGCGACAUGGAGAUAACAGGUCGCGGUGGGGCCAGCGGCAUAAAGUGCCACCUCAAAUUCAUCCCCUACUCGUACUUUUCGCGCGACACGCAAAGACGCGUCAAGGGCGUGGUUCUGGACAAGAGCGACCACGUGAAAUGGGUAAUAAACGGCACGUGGGACGAUCACGUCGAAAUCGGGCCGGUGAUUGGCAACGUGAAAAGUCAAAGUUCCUCUACGUCGAUCUACGAAACGGGCACGUCCCAGUUGGUGUGGAAACGACGACUUCCGCCGCCCGAAAGCGAGAAGUUCUACAACUUCACCAUAAUGGCCUGUCAGCUGAACGAGCCGGAAGACGGCGUGGCGCCGACCGAUUCACGGCGACGACCUGAUCAACGGUUGAUGGAGGAGGGCCUGUGGAACGAGGCGAACGAGGAGAAGGUCCGCAUUGAAGAAAAACAGCGGGCCGUCCGUCGGGCACGCGAGGCUGCUGCCGAAGAAGCCGCAGCUGAGGGUACUCCGUUCGAGCCGUACAAACCCGUCUGGUUCGAGCAGCAGCGCGACGAAGAAACGGACGUGGUCACACACGUGUACACCGGCAAAUACUGGGAGGCGAAAGCCAAACAGGAUUGGAGCAUGUGCCCGGACAUUUUUUAAAUGUGUUGUUUUUAAUCGUGUACAAGGGCAACGUCCGUACGGUGUUUUUGGUCCUUUUUUUUACGCUAUUCAUGUAUAUAUUAGAGGCGAUUUUAAUAUGGAUAAUAAAUCAAUUAAUCUGUAUAUAUAAGAGGUAUCGUAAUUGUUUUCUUUCUAUUCAAUUUGUUUUUCGGUAUGGAGGGUGAGGUGAUUAAUUUGUGGACACCCUUGUACAUAGCUUUCCUGAUAUGUGAUAAUGUAAAUAAAGGUACAUUGAGAAUGUUACUCUUCUCUAUAUUGUUUGUCGGGUUCACACACACACACACACACACUAUUUGUUUUAAUUACUGAAAAUAUAAUAUUGAUAAAUUUAAUCAUUAAUCGUAUAAAUUAUGAAUCUAAUUUAAAUUGUUGUAUAUAUUGUAAUAAUGUAUGCUUCUUUGCGGAUUUUAAGUAGGAUAAAAUACAUUUUAUAAGGCAA